AUUUCUUAUCCUACUAACUAUUUGUAAGAAGUUGAGCUUCCUUAUCUAUAUUCUGCUAUUCCUCUCACUCACUCUACUUUCCAAAGCCCUCAAAGCAACUCAUCAAACAAUCAAUCCCAGGAUAAGAUUAGUUGUGGAGUAUGGCUUCAACGUUCUCGGCCAUGUCUUCACUUGGUGCAGUUGUCUCUGCCAGCCAGACGAUAGAAAAGAAAUCUUUAAAAUCUUCUGAAACGUUAUCUUCUUUUGCAUCAUUAUCUCCAAAUGCAUUAGGAGGUAGGAGGAAAAAUGUGGUCUUGCGGAAGAGAUCUAAGGUUCGGGCUAUGGCCAAGGACUUGUACUUCAACACAGAUGGUUCUGCUAUCAAGAAAUUGCAAGCAGGUGUGAACAAACUUGCAGACCUAGUAGGUGUUACUCUUGGGCCAAAAGGAAGAAAUGUUGUUUUGGAGAGCAAGUAUGGUUCUCCAAAAAUUGUUAACGAUGGUGUAACUGUAGCUAGAGAGGUUGAAUUGGAAGACCCUGUUGAAAAUAUUGGUGCAAGUUUAGUGAGGCAAGCUGCUUCAAAAACAAAUGAUUUAGCAGGGGAUGGUACAACAACAUCUGUUGUUCUGGCACAAGGUCUGAUAACUGAAGGAGUUAAGGUUGUUGCUGCUGGUGCAAACCCCAUUCAGAUUACCAGGGGCAUUGAGAGAACAACUAAAGCCCUGGUGGAUGAGCUCAAGCUAAUGUCAAAGGAGGUUGAAGACAGUGAACUAGCAGAUGUGGCUGCAGUCAGUGCAGGAAACAAUUAUGAAGUGGGGAACAUGAUAGCAGAAGCAAUGAGUAAAGUCGGCAGGAAAGGAGUGGUGACUCUCGAAGAGGGGAGAGGUUCGGAUAAUCAUCUUUAUGUUGUGGAAGGCAUGCAGUUUGACCGUGGCUACAUCUCCCCUUACUUUGUUACUGACAACGAGAAGAUGGUUGCUGAAUAUGAAAAUUGCAAGCUACUUCUGGUUGAGAAGAAAAUAACAAAUGCAAGGGAUCUAGUUAAUGUCCUGGAAGAAGCAAUUAGGGGAGGAUACCCCAUUAUAGUAAUUGCAGAAGACAUAGAGCAGGAACCUCUUGCAACUCUAGUUGUUAACAAAUUGAGAGGGUCACUAAAAAUUGCUGCAUUAAAGGCUCCUGGUUUUGGAGAUCGCAAAAGCCAAUAUCUUGAUGACAUUGCCGUUCUCACCGGAGGUACUGUAAUCCGAGAGGAGGUUGGUUUGUCGCUGGACAAGGCUGGAAGUGAGGUCUUGGGUCAUGCUGCUAAAGUGGUGCUGGCCAAGGAGUCGACAACAAUUGUUGGUGAUGGUAGUACUCAAGAAGUAGUAAACAAACGAGUUGCACAGAUUAGAAACCUUGCCGAGGAAGCUGAACAAGAUUAUGAAAAAGAAAAGCUGAAUGAAAGGAUUGCAAAACUCUCGGGUGGUGUUGCUGUCAUUCAGGUUGGUGCACAAACUGAAACUGAACUCAAGGAAAAGAAAUUAAGAGUAGAGGAUGCUCUAAAUGCAACAAAGGCAGCAGUAGAGGAAGGGAUUGUAGUUGGUGGGGGAUGUACCUUGUUGCGUCUUGCAGCUAAAGUUGAUGCCAUUAAAGAAUCUCUUGACAAUGAUGAACAAAGGGUUGGAGCUGACAUUGUAAAGAGAGCAUUGAGCUACCCUAUGAAGUUAAUUGCCAAGAAUGCUGGAGUAAAUGGAAGUGUUGUAAUUGAGAAGGUCUUAUCCCAUGAUAAUCCCAAAUAUGGUUACAAUGCUGCAACUGGUAAAUAUGAAGAUCUAAUGGCUGCUGGUAUAAUUGAUCCCACAAAGGUGGUAAGAUGUUGCCUGGAGCAUGCAGCUUCAGUUGCGAGGACCUUCCUUACAUCAGAUGCCGUGGUUGUGGAGAUUAAGGAGCCAGAACCUGCCGUUGUUGGAAACCCAAUGGACAACUCAGGUUACGGGUACUAGGCUAAGCUAGGUGAGAGUUAAUAAACUCCGUGAGGGGAUUUUGUCAGCAAGGAGAUUUGAUAGGACUCAUUCCAUUCCAAUAUGUAGUCUCAGACGGCUUAAAGUUGUAAGACACUUUUUUUUUUUGGUUAAUUAGGAUUUGAGUUAUUAUUA